CUGUUAUCUGUCACUGUCAGGCUUGGCGACAAAAUGUAAGAGGUUAUGAUCCGAAAAAUUUUGGAUUACCUUGUUUUUUGUGUAGCUGUGGUAAAAUGUGUUGUUACAAAUUGUUUUUUAUAUUCGAAUGAUUGCUAUUACCUUUGCAGCGAACCAUUUUUCUAACAUUGACACGUUAAUUAAAAGUGAUUGAGGAGUUCAAUUAUCUUUAGGUUUAAAAUGGCUGGUCAAUGGCGUAGUAAUGAAGACUUUGAACAAGACCUGAAUAUGUUCUCUGAAAUGAGUGAAAUACAAGAUAACAGUGAUGAAGAUGAGCCUACAUUGCCACCUCAAACUGUCUUAGAAUAUCAGGCUCGACAGCAUCAGAGUAAUCAAAGCAUUUUCACUGACAACUUCAUGCAUGAAGAAGGGGUAGUAUAUGUAUAUUCUGGUAGGGGCAGAGGGGUAGCUAGUCAAAUAUUUGCUCCAGGUUUGAAAACUAGCAAUACUCCAUCCGACGAGGAAGACAUCAAACGAAGAAUUAGACAGGAAGUGGGACAUGUUGGCUAUGAUGAAAUGUUGUAUUCAAAGUACAAGCGUUUAAACAACAAGCCUGAUGAAAGCUUACUUGUAAAUGCCACUGAAUCAAAUCAUAGUGUGCAGUUAGACUGCUCAACCAGUCAGCCUUCAAGCAGUAGAACAUCACCUCAGAUUCAAAGCUCUUGUUCAAGUGUCAUCUGUCUACAACCUCAUUCAGAUGUUUCCAGAUCUUCAACACCAACUAAUUUCUCCGUUAAAUCUAGUACAUCAUCAACAAAAUCCUCACCCAAAAAGGUAAUUUCUGUACCACAAAUUGACGAAAAGAUGACAAUCAGAGAGUCAGAAAAUGACGAGCAGACAAAACCUUUACCACUCAGCGUUAUAAUGAGGAAGGCUAAGAAGAAGUCAGUGGAGAAAGAUAAAAAUGAACAGUCGCCUCCUAAAAAAUCACAAUCAAUCCAAAAUCUGCAAUCGACAAUGCCAAAUGGAAAGGAAAAUGGCAACUUGGCAGCCAAUCAACCUUGUGCAAGUAGUACAGUGAAAGAAUUCUGUCUUGGAAGUAGCACUAAUGCGCUCAAAUCAUCCAGCAGCUCAGAUUCUAUUUACGAUCCAUGGUGGAGGAGUAAUGGACCUGAUAAUUGGAGGGAUAAGACCACAUGCUCUCCAAGGUUUUUCAAAGGAAAUACUAGCAGUCCAUGGAGGAAGAAGCCCAAAGAAGACACAUAUGACCUGGAUUCAGAUAAAGAAUUCCCACCUUUAUAAUAACAGUAUGUGCUAUGGGGAAAUGCAAGUUCUGAAACUUAUCCUGUGGUUUUUAUGUUCAUAUGGCUGCAUUGUAGGGUUGGAUCAAACCAUAUAUGUUUCAAUCUCUCUCUGUUGUAUGACGUUUCCGCCACCAUUGUCAUUGUACAUACGUGGAAAAGGCUAUUCUUAUAUCACUCAAAAGGACAAAAACAUAUCAAGAAGAAACUAAUAAUUUUCAAAAUAAACAUAUAUUUAUAUUGAAAUUAUUACACAUUUAUUCGAAAAAUACAAAAAGCCAUUUAAGUAACUUUAAAUUCUUUCUUACUUUCAAACUGGGGCAUUUGUUUCUGAGAAUGAAUUUUAUUUUUUAUCAAAAGAUACUCUUCAGGAUGACUUACGGUACGAACAUAGUGGAGCGACGAGGUUUCAGAUUCAGAUAUCUGGUAGCGUCUAGAGCGUAGAGGCAAGAGGCACCUAUGGUUAUAGUAGAGCGUCGCGUUUUGUCGAAGAUAGACGUAAAAAUAUGUAUUCCGACAGUGACGAUGACAUUCUUCUCAAUAAUACUUACCUGCAAGUGCUUUUAAUGACUGGAGUGCGGCAGUGUAGUGUGCACGACGUAAAUAAAAGUCGGAAACGCCUAGGGGAAUUCCAUCAUUUAUUUCUAGAACUGAAAAAUUAUCCCGACA